AUGCACUUCAGUCAACUACUUGUCCAAUUUGAACUUGCACGGGCAUAUCAAAUGAAUGGACAGAUAGAGCGAGCAGUGGAGCUUCUAGAAUACGUGGUUUCGGUCUUAAAUCGAUCUCUGAGUGAGCAGCACUCUGAUCGACUGGCAUCUCAGCAUGAACUUGCACGAGCAUAUCAAGCGGCCGGCCAAAUUAAAAGUGCGGUGGAGCUACUGGAGCACGUGGUUGCAAUCGAAAGGGAAAGCCGCAGUGAAGAUAAUGCGGAUCGGCUGGCGUCCAUUCACGAACUCGCACUAGCGUAUGAAAUGGACGGUCAGACAAAACGCGCUGUAGAACUGAUGGAUUAUGUUGUCGGAAGCCUAAGGCGGUCUCUCGGUGACAUGCAUCCCGACCUACUGACGUUUCAGCAUGAACUUGCAGGGGCAUGCCAAUCAGAUGGUCAGAUUAAGCGCGCAAUUUUGCUGCUCGAGCGUGUGAUCGCUGCGGAAGCGAAGAUACUGAGCGAAGACCACCCAGAUCGAUUAGCGUCUAAGCAUGAACUCGCGCGAGCAUAUCAAGCGGAUGGCCAACUCCAGCGCGCAGUGGAACUUCUCGAGUAUGUUGUCGCUAUUGAGGAGAAUACAUUACGUGAAGACCACCCCGAUCGACUCGCAUCUCAGCAUAUGCUUGCUAGAGUGUACCAAGCCGGGGGACAGACCGAUCGCGCUUUGGAGAUCCUCGGGCAUAUAGUUGCUCUGCGAGGGAGAACUCUUAGCGAGGCGCACCCUGACCGACUGGCAUCUCAACAUGAAUACGCUAUAGCGUAUAGGGUGCACCAAAUGAAUAGGGCCAUAUAA